AUGAUGGAGUCAUGUUUUAACAAUAAAUUGGAAAGCGUGGAGAGGGAAAUUAACUUCGACGACUUGAAGAAAGACCUUUCUUCUGAGUUUCUCUCCAUAGACUCCCAGGAGUCUUGCCUAGAAGAGCUUGAGCACUUGCAGGUGUACCUUCGCAUUCGACCAUUCACAUCAACUGAGAGUGAAAAUGGGGAAUCACAGGUAAUUGAAGUCAACACACACUCCUCUGGCUUGAAAUCCUGGCAGGGGUGUAUAUUCAUUACCUUUUAGAGCACGGAAUAAUCGAUAAUUUAUAGAUGUGCAGCUUGUGCCAAAAACUUCGCAGACUAUUCAGAAUGGAAUGGCAACGCGUGGAAACUAGUGAUUGGGAGGGGAUCGAUAGUUACAUAUCGGUAUAUUAUUUUUUACAUGCAUCGUUUUGACUAUCGCAAUAUUAUGUUGGAGCUAGUUGGCUUUACCUGCAUCAAAACUCGUAUUUUUCCUUCAUAGCUUGUUCUCCAUCUUUUUAAAUAGGGAGCCAAUUUGUUUUCAGCAAAAUGUGUUUUUUCUCAUGGCUCUCUCCUGUCCCUCUGCAACAGACAGAUGGUAAGCAAUAUAUUUGGAACAGCGACACGCAGUAAAAUCACAGAUUCGAAUCGCAAUACAUAUCUUAUAGGCACCAAAGUGUCGUGAUAAUAUCUUAUCUUCAGGUCUCUGGCAAUUCCCAGCCCUAGUGGAAACCAUACAAUUAAAAUGAACUACAACUUCCGUUUAAGAACCCAACAGCUUUUUAGGUCAUGUUGAAGAGCAUUUGAAAAAUAUAACUUGUUUUGCAACAAUCGGUGUAAUGGGUACACCCCAGUUUGUCACAUGAACCAUCUAUACUAAACAAAAAUAUAUAGGCAACAAUUUCAAAGAUUUUACUAAGUUAAAGUUAAUAUAAGGAAACAGUCAAUUGACAUUUAUUCAUUAGGCCCUAAUCUAUGGAUUUCACAUCACUGGGCAGGGGCACAGCCUGGGAGGGCAUAGGACCACCCACUUGGGAGCCAGGCCCAGCCAAUCAGAAUGAGUUUUUUUCCCCACAAGGGCUUUAUUACAGACAGAAAUACUCCUCCGCACCCCCUCAGAUGAUCCCGCAGGUGAAGAAGCCGGAUGAGGAGCUCCUGGGCUUGCGUGGUUACACAUGGUCUGCAGUUGAGGCCGGUUGGAAAUACUAGCAAAUUCUCUAAAAUGAAGGAGGCGGCUUAUGAUAGCGAAAUUAACAUUACAUUCUCUGGCUCCUGAGUGGCGCAGUGGUCUAAGGCACUGCAUCGCAGUGCUAACAGUGCCACUAGAGAUCCUGGUUCGAAUCCAGGCUCUGUCGCAGCCGGCCGCGACCGGGAGACUCAUGGGCGGCGCACAAUUGGCCCAGCAUCGUCCAGGGUAGGGGAGGGAAUGGCCGGCAGGGAUGUAGCUCAGUUGAUAGAGCAUGGCGUUUGCAACGCCAGAGUUGUGGGUUCGAUUCCCACGGGGGGCCAGUAUAAAAUAAAUUAUAAAAAAAUAUAUAUAUAUAUAUAUAUAUUCACUAACUGUAAGUCGCUCUGGAUAAGAGCGUCUGCUAAAUGACUAAAAUGUAAAUGUAAAAUGUCUGGCAACAACUCUGGUGGACAUUCCUGCAGUCAGCAUGCCAAUUACACACUCCCUUAACUUGACAUCUGUGGUAUUGUGUUGUGACACAACUGCACAUUUUAGUGGCCUUUUAUUGUCUCCAGCACAAGGUGCACCUGUGUAAAGAUCAUGCAGUUUAAUCAGCUUCUUGAUAUGCCACACCUGUCAGGUGGAUGGAUUAUCUUGGCAAAUGAGAAAUCCUCACUAACAGGGAUGUAAACAAAUUUGUUUUCAAAAUUUGAGAGAAAUAAGCUUUUUGUGCAUAUGAAACAUUUCAGGGAUCUUUUAUUUCAGCUCAUGAAACAUGGGACCAACACUUUACAUGUUGUGUUUUUUAUAUUUUUGUUCAGUAUAGAUGCCCAUUUCCUCACCACCAUGCACACACUUCAGGUAACAAGAGCCUUGGAAACAUAAUAACUGUUGGACUUUGACUUGGUGUCUUUUCCCUGUACACAUUCAAGGACUGCGUUUCCAUCGAGCCCCCGGACACGGUCCUCCUCAAGGCUCCAAGGACAUCGCUCUCAGCACGGCUCCGUGACAAAUCAGCUCAACGGUUUCAGUUCUCACAGGUCAGUCAGCAGGGUCUGUCAGUGCCACGCAGGUCCUAGGAACAUAGAAUGAAGGUUCUUCCAAUCACAUGUUCUCUUUGUCCUCAGGUCUUAGGGCCAGAAACCACUCAGAGGGAGAUGUUUGACGGCACAGUGAGAGGUCUCGUCAAGGAGGUUUUGGAAGGCGGAAAUUCUCUUGUUUUCACAUAUGGAGUGACAAAUGCGGGAAAGACAUUCACUUUUCUAGGUUUGAUUUGUUGAUUCUUUUCUUGCCACGCAGAGUUGGACAGAUGCAAACUGUGACUGUUUUGGCAAAACAUCCUACUUGUACACAAGGUCCAACCUGAGUUAGCACAGACUCACUGUUUGAAUGCCAGCAAUGUGAAAAUCCAGCCAUUUUAAAAUCCAAUCCUAUGUUGAAACUUAAAUCCUCUGAUGGUGCUUCUUAGUUUCUCAUCACAGUCAAGAACCUGUUGUAGGUGUGAACUGACCUGCUCAUUAUGGUCAACUCUUGCUAACAAACACUAAGACGUAGUGAUUGAGAAAUGAAGAGAUCCUCAACACCUGUUGUUUUUUAGGUCCAGAGGCCAACGCAGGGAUCCUCCCCAGGUCUUUGAAUGUCAUCUUCAACAGCAUUGAGGGGCGCGUUUACAACCAGAUGACUAUCAAGCCGCAGCGAUGCAGAGAGUUCACCAGACUCACUAAAGACCAGCAGAGUGAAGAAGCAACUAGCAAGAGAAAUCUCUUCAGGCUCCUCAAGGAGGUACUGGGUUUGUUCAUUGACCCGAUGAAAGCCAUUGCAUUACUCAACAGGUUGUUCUUUGGAUCUAAUAAUUGAUAUUAAAUGAUGCCCCUCAUUGCUCUUCCCCCCAUAGAGUGAUAACCAGAAAAGCUUCACCAACAAGAAAAGCCUGGAAGGCAAGGACAUUUUAUAAUUUUAUAUGCCAUUUAGCAGAUGCUUUUAUCCAAAGCGACUUAGUCAAGCGUUCAUACAUUCUUGCAUAUGGUUGGUCCUGGGAAUUGAACCCACUAUCCUGGCGUUGCAGGGUUCCACAUUGCUAUUAUUUUACUGGCAUAUGCGGCAAAAUAUUUAGUUGUGCGAUCUGGGUUUUUUAUUUAUUUAGCACUAGUGCACCUAGAAAAAUGAAGGAUUCUAACUUUAUUACCUCCAAAUAUUUUUAAUUGUGAUCCUACAUUUCUUUAUGUGCGUUUUUCAACUUGGGUGCACACCUGCUCCUUGUACAAAAAGGUUGGCGUAGAGAGCCCUGCGUUGUAAACGCCAUGCUCCUAAUUGAGUUACAUGGGACCAAAUUAUUUGUUAUCUCAUGCCACGAUGCAUAUUCCUGUCCUGCAUUUAUACAUGAUUGUCACAUCCCACAUGUUGCUAUCUCUCUGGUAGUUUGGUGCAUCGUUUGCCAUCACAAUAGACUUCUAUUCAACCAGAGGUUUGUAACAGGCUAACACCACCACUUGUUUCUCUGACAGGUUCAACACUAAGUGACAUUGAGGUGACUGAAGACCGUUUCAGUCUGGUUGUUGAAGCACACACCAAGUUCUCCGUCUGGGUGUCCUUCUGUGAAAUCUACAACGAGAACAUUCACGACCUGCUGGAGCCCAUACCGAACGGAGCCCUGAAGAGAACCACACUGCGGCUGUCGCAGGAUGUCAAAGGCAACUCCUUUGUAAAAGGUAACGGAUGCAUUUUAAGGUUGUGUAACGUUGCUGUCAAACAAAAUGCGCUUUGUUCUAUAUUUAUCCAUUGCGACUUAAUCAUUCAUGCAUACAUUUCACAUACGGGUGGUCCCGGGAAUUGAACCCACAAUCCUGUCGUUGUAAGCACUGUCGUGACGUGACUUUCAUUAUUGUGGUGACUAUAAUUUAUCGAAUCAUUACGUAAUAUGUUUAAUUGUUACUCAAAUUAAUCAUGUAACAAUUAACUCAUUAGGAAUUUGGGGCACCACGGGUAAAGUUGUUUAACGAGUUACCGUUUCCCGAAUUAACUCAAACGAUAAGAGAUAUCUAGAUAUCUUUAAACAGUCAUUUAUUAAUAAUGUACCUCAUAUCAGUCUCAUUCUGAAAGUCGUAGGCUCUUUUAAGUCUGCACGAACCCACGUCUUACUGAUCAUUCCAUACCACACAAAUUGAUUUAAUUAUUUAUUUACUAACUAAUUAAAAAUGAUAACACAAGAUACAAACACGUACACGGUAUAGGUAGAGAUUAGAAACUUAAUACAAUGAAAUGGGUCCCUAGCGGACUAACACAAUGACACUUGUUACAAAAGAUGGUGAGUUAAAGAGAGAGAACACUUGGAUACACAUGGACCUAUACUCACAGUGAUCCUAAUACUUUGCCCAGAACUGCCGCCCGUUAAGGAAGAAAAGCAAUGCAUGUAUUUACGUGUUAGAGGUCUUCUGGUGUAUCUCUGUUGGACACAGGCCUUCGUGGGAAGGCGUCUAUUGUACCCUCUCUCUGAAGGCCUUUUAGAUGUAAUGCUCAGACUGUCCACAAGAGGGCACAAUGUCCUUAGUUGUCUGUUUACUUUCACUCGUUCUGGAAGUGGUCUUCUGAGGACGGCUAAUCAGCCGUGUCGAUGAUCCCCUGUGGGGUGAUGAGAGCAGUGUAGUAGACGAUGGUUUGAAGAGAGUAACAGGAUGGUCCCACUUAAAUUCACCUUCUUAGAACAGCUACUCAGCCGUAACGUUGAUUUGUUAGUGGAGGCAACUUUGUCGUCUUCACCUCGUUGAUUUUCAGGGUCGGGACCGAUAUGGACAAAAGCUGCAGCUUGAGGUCUGAUCUGAUAAUUCUUAUCUCAAUCUUUUAUAGACUCUGGUAAUGAUGGGCGUUUCCGUCAUACUGACACGCUCUCUGAGCUCCCUCGGGCGGGGCUAGUUACGAGGCAAAAGUAUUAUCAUCACUAUGAUUUUGUUAGAAAGCUAAAAUCACAUUCCUAUCUUCACGAAAACAUUGUCUUCCUCCUUGAUAUUUUCUACACAAGGUAAAGGAUGUAAAUCUGAUAUCCACAGUGGAAAAGCUCUUCAAGUCACAAGGUUUUCCUUAUAACGCCUUUUAUACAAUUUUGAAUGACGUCACAAAAUAGACAUUCAUAUUCCAUUUCUCAUCAUUCCCAACGUUUGGAUGUUGAAAUAUAUUGUCCCAUGUUCAUUGUUGGAUGUUGAAGUUUUUGUGCGGCAAAAGACUCUGAAACAAAGGACAUUCCUUUCACCAUUCUAGAGGGCCAGAGAGAUAUUCUCCUAUCUCUAAUUUAUGGCAGUAUUGAGGUGUCAAGACCGGCACAGCCCCGCCUGUGGGUAAGAGGGUCUGGUUGUUGUCGGCCAUUUGCUAAGCUGAUGUGAGGCCUUUGAUCAUCACCCAGGGAGAGUCUUGACAGCACCAUGCUCUACCAACUGAGCAGCAGAGGACCAAAUGUUCCGUUGUGUGAUUUCAGAUCUGAAGUGGGUACAAGUGAACAAUGAGGAGGAGGCCUACAAGGUGAUGAAGCUCGGCAAGAAAAACCAGAGCUUCGCCAGCACAAAGCUCAACCUCCUCUCAAGCAGGAGGUGAUUUAUGAAGCACAUCAAUCAUUUCCCUUUUUUGAAUUAUUUUAUUUGAGUCUUUCUUUGGCUGUUACUAACUUGCGUGAUCCAAGUUCACACCGCACAAUAGAUUGACUGCAGUGCUCUUAUAGAAAUCUGUUCCGUUCCUAUGCUCAGCCACAGCAUAUUUUCUGUUCGUAUCCUGCGGAUGGAAGAUACUAGGAUUCCUCGUGUUAACUCUAUCAGCGAGUAAGUGAAACGCAUAUUUGUUUAUUCAUUUGCACAAAACAAAUAUCCUAGAAGCCCUAUGCAGUACUUGUGGGUAUGUCUGUGUGAAGGCGGGGGGGGGGGGGGGGGGGGGGGGGGGGGUUGGUUUUCUUUAUGUUUGGCCUUUAUUUAUUUCUGUUCAGGCUGUCUUUGUGUGACCUGGCUGGGUCUGAGAGGUGCUCUAAAACUCAGAAUAAAGGGGAGCGUUUGAAAGAGGCUGGGAACAUCAACACUUCCCUGAUGACACUGGGCAAGUGCAUCAACACGUUACGGCAAAGCCAGCAAUCCAAGUGAGCCUUGAACGUCUGCUUUUAGAAAAUAUGUAACGGUUAUGGAAUUAUACUUCUACAAAGUGUCGGGCGGGGGGGGGGGUGGUGUGUUACAAAUCUGUAGCUUGGAGAUGUUGAUGUUCUGACCCGAUGAGGACCUGAGCGUGACCACAAUGGAAAUAAGUCAGACUUUUUUUUAUUGUGCCAGUCACGUUAAAAAAAAAAAAUUAAAAUGUUUUACUGUGUGUAUUAUAAUUUUUUUAAACUGACAAAUGGAAUCAAUCAAUCAAACCCUUGUUGCUAGGCUACCACAGCACGUCCCCUUCAGGGAGAGCAAGCUGACCCACUACCUACAGGGUUUCUUCUGUGGGCGGGGCAAGGCCUGCAUGAUAGUCAACGUCAACCAGUGUGCCUCCAUGUACGACGAGACGCUCAACGUGCUCAAGUUCUCCGCCGUGGCUCAGAAGGUGGUGGUGCUGACCACCAAGACCGUCCCCCACCUCGCCACCAAGAGGUCGGCCCGGGAACUGUCCAUGAUCAUCAACAACGCAGACAGGAAGAACCUGUUGGGUCAGAGGAGAAGGAGCUCCCUGGUUGGCUGGGAGACCAGUCUGGAGGAUGUGCAGGAGGAUGAUGACACAGAAGAGGAGAGCAUGAUGGAGGAGACCUUGCAGGAGGUGGAAGAUGACGACGAGGUUCUCAUCAAUAAAGGCACUUAUGAGGUAAGUCUCCACCUAAGUACUUCUGUGGCUAUUUAUAUUUGAUUCUUACACAGAAAUUCCAACUGGCUCACCAAUGCUAAAAAUCCUACAUUUCCAGGCCCUGAUUUUGAUUGUUUAGAAAUGUUUGGAAGAUUUAGGCCUACUAAUAGUAAAGGGACUAGAGUUUUGCUAAUCGGGUCAAAUGGUCAAAACUCUGGGACCCUAUUAAUGUGAAGUUAACCUAGAACUAAAGUCUCACGUAAUGCUCAAUUAAGUCUGUCCACAAGAGAUGACUGUGAAGUAAAUGUCUGUCAACCCUUCAGAGCAAGUUACUCCGGGAACAGCUCCAGAAAGAGAGGUCUGAAAACUUUGCUUUGGAAUCUCGCAUCCGUGACGAGGUCACCAAGGAGUUCUCCGAGUUCGUCUCUGAAAUGCAGACCGAUUACACGUGAGCUCUUCUGUGCCUUGUUUCAGUCAUUUUAUUUUUGUUGUUUUGGUUGCUUAAAAAAAAAAAAAAUGGGUUGGAUUUAUAUAGGGCUUUUCUACCAACUGAGCUACUCAAAGCACUUUACGUAGUAGGGGGGGGGGGGGGCUUUAAAGGUAAAUGUUUUUCUAUUGCGUUUGAUCCGUAACUGAACAGGCUCUAGCGCCCGAGUGGUGCAGUGGUCUAAGGCGCUGCAUCGCAGUGCUAACUGUGCCACUAGAGAUCCUUAUUCGAAUCCAGGCUCUGUCGUAGCCGGCCGCGACCGGGAGACUCAUGGGGCGGCGCACAAUUUGGCCCAGCGUCGUCCAGGGUAGGGGAGGGAAUGGCCGGCAGGGAUGUAGCUCAGUUGAUAGAGCAUGGCGUUUGCAACGCCAGGGUUGUGGGUUCGAUUCCCAUGGGGGGCCAGUAUAAAAAAAUAAAUAAAAAAAUAUGUAUUCACUAACUGUAAGUCGCUCUGGAUAAGAGCGUCUGCUAAAUGACUAAAAUGUCAAAUGUAAAUGAAAUAAUAACUUGAUGUCUGUCUUACAGGGAACGUCUGGCCAAAGAGAAGAAGAUUGUCGAGGAGAGAGCAGAGAGGCGUCUAGAGAUCCUGAAGAAUCUACUGAACAAUCUAGUGAACAGUAACACCAGUCAAGAGGAGUUGGCCAGAGUAGAGCGAGCCACAGUAAUGCAGCCUGCCUAGAUAUGGUGGACAUUAGCAGUGUCAACCUCCAUUAUGUAGCCAUGCCUCUUCCUUUACCUUGGUGUUCAAACUGGGGUGACAAAAAAAAUAACGUAACUGUUUUCACUAACACUCAUCUUUUCUCACUGGCACUGACUUUGCUGAUGCUACUUUUAUUGAGGAAUAAUGUAUUUACUAUGAGAUUGAUAUGUGGUUGUCUCACCUAGCUAUCUUAAGAUGAAUGCGCUACCUGUGAGUGUCUCUGGAUAAUAGCGUCUCAAAAAUGACUAAAAUGUGUCUUGUCUCCUGUAGGAGGACAGCUCGUUGUUGGGAGGGAUUUUUGACUCCAUUUGCAGUGACCUGGCAGGCAUUAAGAAGGCGGCUGAGGAGGCCAAGACAUGUCUGGUGGUCACCCAUCCCCAAGCCGGUAGUGAAACCAUCUCAAACCAAGAGAAGAGAGUGGCUGAUCUCUCAGAGCUGCUGAGACAAACCCAGGAGCGGCUCUCUGUCAAAACCAACGGUAACCAACUGACAACCAGUCAUAUCUUUUUUUAAACGUUUUUAUAGCCCAGUGUUUCUUCAUCCUGGUCACAUUUUAAAAAUUUUUCCCCCGAGCACUACUCUCAUUAACAAUAAUGCUGUGUUCAUAUCCAAGUGGGAAGGUGGUAUUUACCACAUACGACUGGGGAGAAAUCCACUUGAACGGCCCUCCAACUGGUAAAUGCUAGUGGGGAAAACUAUCAUCCCUGAACUCUGACUUCUCCCACAUGCUGACCUCUGACAUCCCCUACUAAGGAAAUUACCUCAGAAACAGCAUUUUCAACAUUUUUAAAUGCAACAACAAAACAUUGCUUUUUAUAAAUAAUCUAUUCAUAUGUUUUUAUUUUAUUUAAAUCUUAUAAUUUGUUUAUAUGCAUGAUAGCUGUACUUUUAGUUUACGGUUGACGCAGCUUGUUGGCCAUUAGCCAAUCGCCUUUCAAAGAGUUCAGAUCAUUACCACCUUCCCACUUGGUUAUGAACGCAGCAUUGAGCAAAGGCUUGAUGAGUUGAUUAUUUGAAUCUGGUGUGUAACGCUAGGGCAAGAACUAGAAUCUGCACCCCUUUGGGUUCCCCAGGAACAGGAUUAAGAAAUACUGGUGUAGGCUAUCACGUUCACAUACACCUACAGUGCAUCUCUUUCAACAAUAACUUGUUAAUCACCUGUUUUCACUAUCCAUCAAUGACUGCUCCGGAUCGGUUUGACUAAUCCCACAACAGUGGUUGUGAUGGAACGCACACAAUGUUUCCCUUUGGUCGACUAGUCAUUGUCUUCCGUUUGUUUUGUUUUAAAUUUCAGAACUGGAAAAUAACUGUAGACAAGUGCAGCAAUUGAAUGAACAGCUUGAAGAGGCUAGAAAGGUACUGUACCAUUGUUUUGGUUCUUCUUCAGCAAUGGGACUUCUUGUUCUGUGUUGUCCGUUCUACAUAAACCAAAUGACGCUAGGAUUUAGUUCAGGGUUAAGACAGUAGUUCUGACAGACCUUUUCUGUUUUCUCCUUUUAGACUCUCGAGUCUCAGGAGCUGAAGUUCUCCCACCUCCUGGAGAUGUGUCACGGGAAGGAUGAGAUGAUCUCCAAGCUUCAGAACACCAUGGACCAACAGGUCCAAGCCACUAUCAAGGAUGUAUGUACAUUUUAAGUGGCACUUUGAUUAGAUCUGACGCGCUGGUCAUCGGCCUGUUUCACACUCAGUAUUUCACCUUACAUCUCCCAUUAUACUUGACUGGUGCCAAUUUCCCAUCCAUAUGUCACAUUUUAUAAAUGCUCAUAUCCAGAAUGUGACAUUUUUAUUCCAGCUUGCUAGAUAUUUUAACAUUGUUGGGUUUUUCCCCUUGACAGAAGUCUACAUUUGACGGCAUCAAGGAUGAGAUCCUGCGACUGAAGAGCAGCUGCACUUGCUCCAGAGGGGAGAAGCCCAGCUCUCGCGCAGAGAGCCGCAAACGGCUGGUGGACCUCCAGGCCAACCUGGAUGAACAGCCCCCCAGCAAGAAAGGUACGGGGUGGGCUCCGAGCACUGCCGGGAAGCCCCUCCCACCAUUUGUGGGGGUGAGAGCAGUGGGGAGAGAGAAUACCGGCAAAGGUCGCAAAAACAUCCGCUUAAAGAGGCGACUGUCUGCGCUCAAGAAGUAA